CGGGGCAGCGCUGGCGGCGGGCGGGUGUCGCGGCGUGGGCAGGUCCGUGACAACUUCGCCGAGCGUGCCCGGGGCGGAGGCGCGCCCGUGUCCGUGAGAGGGCAGCCGCCGCCCGCUCGGCAUGGCCGGCCGCCUCGGCCGCGGCAUGUGCUGGGGCAAGCGGGGCCGGGGCUGUCGGGGCGAGGGCGCGCUGCUCGCCCUGGGGCUGCUGGCCGCCCUCGGCUUCCUCGUGUGGCGGCAUGGCCCGCCGCCCCUCCACGCUGCCCGCCGCGCCCCGCCGCAGCCGCCGUCCCCCGACACCGAGCUGCUGCGCCGGCCGGUGUACGAGAAACCCGCCCUGGACCCGGGGGCGCUGGGGGAGCUGGGCCGGGCGGUGCGGCUGGAGCUGAGCCCGGACGAGAAGCGCCGCCAGGAGGAGAGCAUCCGCCGGCACCAGAUCAACAUCUACCUGAGCGACCGCAUCUCGCUGCACCGCCGGCUGCCCGAGCGCUGGCACCCGCUAUGCAGAGAGAAGAAAUAUGAUUAUUAUAACCUGCCGAAAACCUCUGUUGUGAUAGCUUUUUAUAACGAGGCUUGGUCAACACUUCUGCGAACUGUUCAUAGUGUUCUUGAGACCUCUCCAGAUAUUCUUUUGGAAGAAAUUAUCCUUGUGGAUGAUUACAGUGACAAAGAGCAUUUAAAAGAGACUUUGGAAAACUACGUGGCUGGCUUACGCAAGGUGCGCCUGAUCCGCGCGAAUAAGCGAGAGGGGCUGGUUCGAGCCCGGCUGCUGGGGGCGUCUGUGGCMAAAGGAGCCAUCCUGACCUUCCUGGACUGCCACUGUGAAUGCCACGAGGGCUGGCUGGAGCCACUGCUGGCAAGGAUUGCAGAAGAAGAAACAGCUGUUGUGUGCCCUGUUAUUGAUGUUAUUGACUGGAAUACAUUUGAGUACUUGGGAAAUGCUGGUGAGCCACAGAUUGGUGGAUUUGAUUGGAGGCUGGUCUUCACUUGGCAUAGUACCCCUGAAAGAGAACAAAAACGGAGGAAGUCCAAGACCGACGUGAUCAGGUCCCCAACCAUGGCAGGUGGAUUAUUUUCUGUGAGCAAGAAGUAUUUUGAUUAUCUUGGUUCUUAUGACACAGGAAUGGAAGUCUGGGGAGGAGAAAACCUUGAAUUCUCAUUUAGGAUAUGGCAGUGUGGAGGAAGUCUUGAGAUCCAUCCCUGCUCCCAUGUGGGUCACGUUUUCCCCAAACAAGCUCCGUACUCACGGUCCAAAGCUUUGGCAAACAGUGUGCGUGCGGCWGARGUGUGGAUGGAUGAAUAUAAACAACUUUAUUACCAYCGAAACCCACACGCUCGCCUGGAACCAUAUGGAGAUGUGACAGAAAGGAGACUUCUACGAGAGAAGCUGAAAUGUAAGGACUUCAAAUGGUUCUUGGAGAACGUGUAUCCAGAACUUCACGUACCUGAGGACAGACCAGGCUUCUUUGGAAUGCUGAAGAAUAGAGGAAUGGAAAACUUCUGUUUUGAUUAUAACCCUACAAAUGAACAUCAAGUAACUGGACACAGGGUCAUACUCUACCCAUGCCAUGGCAUGGGACAAAAUCAGUUUUUUGAGUACACAUCYCAUAAUGAAAUACGCUACAACACACGACAGCCAGAAGUCUGCGCAGCAAUCRAUUCAGGGACUGACUACUUGACAAUGUAUUUGUGUCACGAACAYGUCCACAGUGUUCCUGAAAACCAGAAGUUUGUUUUCAGGGAGGAUGGUACCUUGUUUCACCCACAAACCCAGAAGUGUGURCAAGCCGAGGCAAAUGCUUACAAUGGGAACCCAGCGCCAUUGUUGCGACCUUGUACCAACUCGGACUACCAAAAAUGGUUCUUCAAAGAAAGAAGUUGAUCCAGAUGUUGUCUAGGAUACUGCUGAAUACAACAAUUGUGCUUUUUCUAGUCAGCAGUUACUCAGCCUUUUGAAAAUCUCAUAAGUGAUAUAUUUUUGUAUGGAAGGAACUGUAAUUAGUUUACAAGCCUUGGUCUCGUUUCCUGGAGCUUUAGAAGGCACUAAGCAUUGAGAGCUAUGUAAAGUGCCUCAGAAUCUGCUCCUUUUCUCUUUAUUUGGCAGCUACAUAACUGCUUCUGAAGUGUCUUAGGUUCUUUUCACACGUGAUAAUGUAUUUUUUUAAUCUACUGUGUGGCAGUAAGGCAGUCAAAAUAAUUGCACUAAUGUUAAUCUGCCAAUAAUUUAAAAUGUUUAUUUUUCUACUAAAACAUUCUGCGGUUGGUUCUUUUAACAGAUAGUAGAUAGUUACUAUUCUCRUCUUUAAAAAACCAGGAAAGUAAAUGUAGGCCAUAUUCUGCCCUAAGUGACUGCCACAAAGCCCCCACUGAAGAGGGUGUGGAUUUACAYGUGGAGGCAGAGUAUGUCUGCAUGUUUUUGCACAAAUAACAGUCUAGAUGCAUACAGAUUGCACAUGCUUGACAAUACUGUACCUUAAAUGUUGUGACAAUUUUAGAUACGUGGCACUUGGCAAGUUUCUAAUCAUGCUUAAGUCUGGUUUGGGAAUAAAAUGGGGAUUUUCUCAUCUUUCUUAAAGGCAGAAGGCAACAAUAUUUAAAAGUGAUGCUUUCAGAAAAGCUGUUUAGAUUCA